AAUGCAACAUCUUAACAAGAUAAUUAUGUUUAGUAAAAUUUUAAUAAAGUCUGAUUAAGGUUGUUGGAGACAUUAUUUGGACCGGGAUUAUAGGCGCUUCAAGCUUUACGUCUCAAUUUACUGAUUCGAUGGCCAACGGAUUUAAAGUGCCAACAAGGGAAUAUAUGAAAUAAAGCUCGAAUAGUGAGGUCAAACUUUGUUUAUUUUUACAUGUAAGUUGAAGUUUUACACAAAAAUGAAUCCGUGUCCGAAAGUCAUCACUGGACAUUUGCAUCAACAAAAUAAAGGCGCUUUUGACUGGGGUUUCCAAGGAUUUCUCGCCUACGGAUGCCAAUGCUAUACGGUGAUCGUGGACCCCAAGAGUUUACAAGUCAUACAGACUGUUGGGCCACAGAAUGGAUUCGUUAACUAUGUCCGCUGGGCCGAGGAGGACUACCACCACAUGUUUGCCACCGGAAGUACAUACACGCUGCACGUGGCGAGCGCUGACACGAGCGGGACAGUGGUCAUCUGGGACGUGGCGCUAGGUAGAGCCAGGACAGUACUAGAGGACGAACAGUCGCACGCGCUUAUACUGGGUAUGGAAUGGCAAAAGGGUCACACCGACUCGCACGAUCUUCUGUUUCUGCUCCGAUCCCCAGAUACUCUGGAAUUGUGGGAUGCGUUUUCUGGAACGAGGCUGUGGCAGAAAACAUUCCCAUUAAACAUUCUGGCAUUUGACAUUGAUCCUUUUGACAUGGAGCGCCUUGUAUGUUUAUGUGAGGCGCCGCGCGUGCUGGUGUGCACGGAUGUCUCGGUCAUCAAGUCUCCAGGGGACUCCUACAGAUCCAUCCGCCUUGCGGAUCCAAAUCCCACCGUUACACCUUCCGGCAGCGAACGGCGGACUUCCGGUAGCAGUAUGCAGCGCCUGGCAGCCCGCAGCACAAGCUCACUUUCCAAGAUGGCGUCCCUAGCAACCAACAUCCUUAAUGUACCAGACCCGCUGAAAAGAAGGAGCAGCGCCCUAUCUGAUGACGAUUCCGACGUGAUGACGUCAUGUGUUCAGGUGGUGUUCAGCCCCGCCCACCAGCAUCUCGUCCUUCUCGUGUUCCCCUCUGAGAUACAGACACUUGAUAUCGAGGUGGACAUCGUGGUCAGCGCCAUCAGGCUCGACAAGAACGCGGCACUCUUUUUAAAGUGCAUCCCGUGCCAGAACGUGGACGUGUUGUUCUGUCUUCAUGACAACGGCAGUGUCUCGCUGAGAGUCAAACGUGACAGAAUUGGCUCGCCCGAGCAUGCAGAUUUAUUUGAUCUUACGUACGAGCCACGCUGCCAUUCCGACUCCCUCCGUCUGCUACGUCAUUGCAAGGUGUACGGCUUUACGUGCCAACCCGCCACAGAGAGACAGGUGUCGCUGUUGCUGAGCGACGGUAGAAUCAUCUUAAUUGAUGUCAUGGCAACGGAUUUCACAAUAUCUGGUGACAGCCUUCUUCCGUCGAAGAUAACCACAAGCCUGGCGGAUGCGAUCGGCGGUCGUCAAGUAAUGGCAAAUAGUAUUAAUUGCAUCCAGACGGAAAAUAAGAUAACUCUUGGUAUGGUUAUGUCGGGGCUCGUUAGCGGACUUGUCUCCCCUGUAACUGCACUGGCCAUGAUCAGAAGUCGUACCGUCACUCAAAGAGUCAACGAGUUGCUGGCAGUUGGGUCCGACCAAGGGACGGUCCAACUGCUGAAUGUGUACACAGGUCAGGUGGUGUCCGAAUACAAGUUGUUUGCCGCCCCUGUCAGGGGAAUCGAAGUAAUAAGCGAGCUACAUCUGCUGGCUUUCUCAUACCCGGACCCAUCCUCCUAUGGCAAUAGGAAGGUCCGAAGUGAUAUUGCAAUAUUAAAUAUGAAAUCAGGAAGGUCGGACUUUCUCUCAAUUAACAAAGACAACAGAGGUGCCAUUGAAAUGGCUCGUAUAUCUCCGGCCAGGCUUCAUUUAGUGAUUCUAUACAAAGAGCGAACCCUGGAACUCUGGAACCUGCGGACUCAACAGCUCAUCAGCGAUGACGUCAUAGACGCUGAAUUGAAACCAACGCUUGUUACGUGGUACAACCAGGCAACAACGACGUCGUCUAAGCGGACGGUGGUGGACGACAGGGGCGUCUCUAGGGAGGUAGAGGAGCGCGCCGUCCUCGAGCAGCUGUUCGUCGCCUCCAUAAAGCCCGAUAACUCCCCCUCUCUGGUUAGGUUCAACGUGUCUAAGGGAGCCACGGAAAAGCCACCCGCGAUCUUUGAUCUUUACAAUAUGUUUCCCAUGGAGAACAAGCUGGAGAUACAACAACUGAUAUGGCAAGGGAACAGACUCAUGAUAUCUUUUCGUGCAGGGCAGAUGUACACGAUAGAUGGCAAAACGAUGAAAUCUGUAAGGUCUAAAGCAAUAGAGCGACGUGGGUCCGAGGUACAGAGUAUUCAGUUCGCCCCUGGACAUUCAUGUUCAAGGUUCAUCUUGCAGUACAAAGACUGCUUCCACAUCUGCGAACUGAACAAGGACACGUUGAUUUGUGAAGUACUGGUCGCCAGUCCACAGAUGUCGUCUGACUUAGUCAGCGUAUGCUGGGCAGGACCAGACAGCGUUGCUGUAGCAACUGAAGAUGGCUGCAUUCACUUGCUUGAGGUUUUACAGAAAACGCCGAAGUCGCCGGCGAUAUUCGACAACAGCGAGAAAGAUGACUUUGUCCACGUCAAGACGCCACCUGUCUUAUCGAAAUCAACUUCUUCAGUAGCAAAGUGGAACCUUUCAGACGUCUUUAGCCCGGCCUUAAUGGAGCCAAAGCUGGCAUCGCUGCUGAAGUUUAGUUUGCAAACAAACAUCGAGCCAUUCAAUCAGGAUCUGGAGAAAUACAUCGUUAUAUUGGACAGAGAUGUUGUUCAAUACAUAAGACAUCCGAACACAAGAAUUGCAGAUAGGUGUAUUGAAGUGGCAAGAUUAUUCGGGGACGAAUUCGAUACUGAGUUCUGGAAAUUAGUCAAAUUUGUAUGUUUGCGGCGUACACCGGAGGUUGGAAAACUGAAUACUGAUGUUGGAGGUAACCAGUCGUCUUUGGGUUCAGACGAAAUCACAUCGAUUGGUGACAUGGAUAUUAGUUUUCUCAGAGAAAAAGACAACUGUUUAAUAUCCGCUUUCGGAGACGCGAUGCCGGCUGAUGAUUUUAAGACGUAUGCCACCAGCAAGCUUGCUUUGCAUAACAAGCGUCGAAGCGACAUGAGGGUGAAGGAAAUAUGCAGCAGACGAUACAUCUUGCUCAAUAAAGUCGACAUGGCGGUGUCCGUUCUUAUGGAAACUGAUAUGGAUCAUGACAGAUUCAAAAACGAUUGCCUGAAGGCCUGCCUGACCUCGUGUGUUGUACAAACCAACACAUCCAUGAGCACCAUCAAGUUGGCCGCCACACACCUCAUAGCCGCAGGGCAGCUCUAUGACGGCAUUGAACUCCUGUGUUUGAUUGAUAUGCGCAUGGACGCCUGCAAGUAUCUGAUCUCGCACGGCAAAUGGAGUGACGCUAUCUGGCUAGCAAAGACCAGUCUGAACCAACAGGAGCGGACGCUGGUGAUCAAACGAUGGGCGGAACAACUUCUUAACACCAACAGAAUGAACAAGGCAUUAAGCCUGCUUCUACUGGAGGGUCAAUAUACGGCCUGUCUGAAAGUGCUCUGUCAACAGCGAUAUUACGAUACAGCAGCCUUGUUUCUUCAGACACUGGCCCAACAUGGGCUUCUGGACGAGAAUCACGAAAGCGGUCAGAUUUAUCAGGAAUUCAGCAAGCUUUUGGCCGUUACAGGCUACAAGUCUGCCGUGGAGCGAUACAGCCAAAUGGGUAAAACCAGCGGAGAGAACAGCCUGGUUGAUGUCAGCUGAUUCAUUAUGCGGCUGCUGUUAUGACCAUGUUCGUUAACCAGGCAUAUCGAACGCAAUUACAUGUACGAUCAAUUGAAUAUGAAGGUUAUAUAUAAGUAUCAGAAGGAUGUAAUUAAAUAAAAAUGCCUGAACAUGUCUUCGAACAGAUUUAUAUGAGUAUUUAAACGAAUUAAAUUAAAUGAUACAGUAUUACACUUUUAGUUGAAAAAUACUAUUUAACUUUUUGUUGAAAAAUACUCAGUAAUGUUUUGUACUAUAUAUUAAUUAAAAUGCCAGGAAAAACAAGCAAUACAUUUAAAAUUAUUUAUACUUUUUCAUAUGUAUGUGAUGUGUAAAUCAGUCGUGAAAUAAAUUGUCAUUUUAC